AUGAUUGAUGUUGACGUUGCAAUAUCCCUUCUCAAACAGUGUAAACAACUUUCAGAACGUGAUGUCUACCAAUUGUGUCUCCAAGCGCAGGAGUUAUUGGUAGCAGAGGCAAACGUCACCAUCGUUGAUACUCCAGUGACUAUAUGUGGUGAUAUCCACGGUCAAUUGCACGAUCUCUUGACCCUUUUUAAACACGCUGGUGAAUGCCCACAGACACGGUACUUGUUCUUGGGGGAUUUUGUCGACAGAGGGUUUUACUCGUUAGAGUCCUUCUUACUUCUUCUGUGUCUCAAAGUGAGAUAUCCUGACCGUGUCACUCUAAUAAGGGGUAACCACGAAUCGAGGCAGAUCACCACAGUAUAUGGGUUCUACGACGAAUGCCUCAGGAAAUAUGGAAGUGCAAACGUAUGGAGAUACUGCUGUGAGGUGUUUGAUUACUUGGCUUUGGGCGCCUUGGUUGGUGGCCCUGAUGGAGUUUUUUGCGUCCAUGGUGGAUUAUCACCAGACAUUGAUCAAAUAAACCAGAUCAAACUGAUAGACAGAAAGCAGGAAGUGCCCCAUGAAGGUGCGAUGUGUGACUUACUGUGGUCAGACCCUGAUACCGUUACUGGCUGGGGUAUAAGUCCUAGAGGAGCUGGUUUCCUGUUUGGUCGUCACGAAGUGGAAAAGUUCUUGCACACCAAUAACGUUAGUCUAAUCGCAAGAGCUCAUCAAUUGGUAAUGGAAGGUUAUAAGGAGAUGUUCGAUGGUGGACUGGUAACUGUUUGGAGUGCACCAAACUACUGUUAUAGAUGUGGCAACGUGGCAGCUGUUUUGGAAAUUAACGAUACAUUAGAGAGGAAGUAUACAAUCUUUGAAGCUGUGUUACAAGAUGCACAUGCGGUGCCUUCCAAGAAACCAGCAACUGAUUACUUUUUAUGA